AUGCAGUCCGGAAUAUCAGCCUCCCAAGAACUACACACCGCAUUCCAAAAGCUCGUCUCCGACGAAUCCCAACGCGGUCUCAUAAUCACCAUAGAAAAAGAAGCACUCGUGCCCUCAACGACUCUACCCUCCAACUCCUCAAGCUUCGAUGGCGACCUCCCCCUCCUAACGCCCCAUCUCCAGCCCAAAACCGCGCUCUAUAUAAUCCUCCGCCGCUACCCCUCCAACACACCAGCGCCCUUCAUCGCCGUCACCUACGUCCCCGAUGCCGCCCCCGUACGGCAGAAGAUGCUAUUCGCAUCUACGCGUCUGACACUCGUGCGCGAGUUAGGGAUAGAACGGUUUCGGGAGACGAUAUUUGCGACGCGCGAGGACGAGUUGAGCGCGGAGGGGUUUAAGAAGCAUGAUAAACAUAAUGAGUUGGCGGCGCCGUUGACGGAGGAGGAGGUUAGUUUGGGGGAGGUGAAGAGGAAGGAGGCGGAGGAGGGGAGGGGGGCCGGGGAGAGGAAAAGUCAUGUUAGUAGUGGGGUUAGUAUGCCUGUUACUGAGGAGGCGUUGGGGGCGUUGAAGGGAUUAUCUUCUGGGGAAGGAGAUGAGAAUAAUUUGGUUCAGUUGCAAAUCAACAUCGCAACCGAAACCAUGGAGUUAGCAUCAGUAACCAGCACACCCAUAUCCGCCCUCCCCAAAACUAUUUCCAAUUCCGCACCCCGCUAUUCAUUCUACCGCUUCACACACGAGCAUGCCGGUCAGACCCAAUCGCCUAUCCUUUUCAUUUACACAUGUCCAUCUGGCUCCAAAAUCAAGGAACGCAUGUUAUACGCUGCAUCCUCACGAUCAGCUGUGCAGGUCGCUGAGGCCGAAGCAGGUAUCAAAGUUGAGAAGCGUGUCGAAGCAGGAAGUCCAGAAGACGUAGAUGAAGAGAGUAUAUUGGGUGAUUUGCACCCGAAGGUUGAAGUGAAGAAAGCAUUUGAACGGCCAAGGAGACCUGGGCGGAAAUGA